AUGGAAAAAUGGCGAUUCCAUUCGAUGUUGUUUAAUGGGGAGUUAGAAUACAGGUGUAGGCUAAGUAAAUCAAUGGACAGCCUCGGUCCUUUUGAAAAUACCAGUGUAAGUGAAGAUCCAAUUAUAAAUGAUAUGGAUAAAGACAUUUUAAAUUGUAAUGACAAGUCUAAUUACAGUAAUGUUGAUCAUUUAGUCAGCGACAGAUACAUUCGGAAUUUCAUAUCUGCUGACACUUUUUUCGUUAGGGAUAGUAAUAGGGACAGCUAUUCCAUAUAUUUUGAUAUUGAAAAUAAAAAUUUUGAUAUUGACAACGACCGUUCUUUUCUAAGUGAACUAAAAAGCUCUUUUUAUAGUUAUCAGACUUCUAGUUAUAUAAAUAAUGCACCUAAAAGUAACGAUACUCGCCACGAUCGUUACGUGUAUGAUACUAAUUCUCAUUAUAUUUGGAAUAAUCACAUUAAUAGUUGCAUUGACAGUUAUCUUCGUUCUCAAAUUUGUAUUGAUAGUUAUAUUUUAAGCAAUAGUGACAAUUACAGUGACAGCUACAUUUAUAGUUACAUUUGUAGCGAAAGCGUAAAUAGUAGUAAAAGCGAGAGUUCCAGUAUAAAAACUAGCACAGAUGGUAGUGAUUUUACUAUAAGUUCUAAUAAUUUAAAUGUAACUCAAAAAUACAGGCAUUUGUGGAUUCAAUGCGAAAAUUGUUAUGGAUUAAAUUAUAAAAAAUUUUUAAAAUUAAAAAUGAAUAUUUGUGAACAGUGUGGAUGUCAUUUGAAAAUGAGUAGUUUCGAUAGAAUCGAACUUUCGAUUGAUCCCGGUACUUGGGAUCCUAUGAACGAAGACAUGGUCUCUCUGGAUCCCAUUGAAUUUCAUUCGGAGGAGGAACCUUAUAAAAAUCGUAUUGAUUCUUAUCAAAAAAAUACAGGAUUAACUGAGGCCGUUCAAACAGGCACAGGCCAACUAAAUGGUAUUCCCGUAGCAAUUGGAGUUAUGGAUUUUCAGUUUAUGGGGGGUAGUAUGGGAUCUGUAGUGGGCGAAAAAAUCACACGUUUGGCCGAGUAUGCUACCAAUCAAUUUUUACCUCUUAUUAUAGUGUGUGCUUCCGGAGGAGCACGCAUGCAAGAAGGAAGUUUGAGCUUGAUGCAAAUGGCUAAAAUAUCUUCUGCUUUAUAUGAUUAUCAAUCAAAUAAAAAGUUAUUUUAUGUAUCAAUCCUUACAUCCCCUACCACAGGUGGGGUGACGGCCAGUUUUGGUAUGUUGGGAGAUAUCAUUAUUGCCGAACCCAAUGCUUACAUUGCAUUUGCGGGUAAAAGAGUAAUUGAACAAACAUUGAAUAAGACAGUACCUGAGGAUUCACAAGUGGCUGAAUAUUUAUUCCAUAAAGGCUUAUUCGAUCCAAUCGUACCACGUAAUCCUUUAAAGGGCGUUCUGGGUGAGUUAUUUCGACUACAUGCUUUCUUUCCUUUGAAUCAAAAUUAG